AUGGAAGUAGCUUUUCCCCCUCAAGUACAAAAACCAAAUUUGCAGAUAACAGGUCGCAAAAUUUUAUGUGUUGGAUCCCAAAAGGAUUUGUGGCUUGUUGUAAAAGAAGGAUCUCUAAAUGAUGUAGAGUUGGCCUUGGCAUCAUUGAAGAAGAGUGGGGGCAAUAUCAAUUUGAGGAACACUUUUGGGUUGACUCCUCUUCACAUUGCAACUUGGAGAAACCACAUUCCCAUUGUAAGGAGGCUUCUUGAAGCUGGUGCUGAUCCUGAUGCUCGAGAUGGAGAAUCAGGAUGGAGUAGCCUUCACAGGGCUCUGCAUUUUGGUCAUCUUGCUGCGGCAAGUGUCCUUCUUCAGCACGGUGCCUCUAUUACAUUGGAGGACUCUAAAUCUAGAAUACCUGUAGAUCUCUUAUCUGGCUCUGUAUUUCAGGCUCUUGGAAAUGAACACAGUUCAGUGGCUACUGAGGUCUUUAGUUGGGGAAGUGGUGCAAAUUAUCAGCUUGGAACUGGAAAUGCACAUAUUCAGAAGUUACCAUGCAAAGUUGAUUCACUUGGGGGUUCAUUCAUAAAGCUAAUUUCUGCGGGGAAGUUCCAUAGUGUGGCGCUUACUGCUCGUGGAGAAGUGUAUACUUGGGGAUUUGGAAGGGGUGGCCGUCUAGGGCAUCCUGAUUUUGAUAUACACAGUGGUCAAGCUGCUGUCAUCACUCCCCGCCAGGUGACUUCUGGUCUGGGUUCCCGCAGAGUGAUGGCAAUUGCUGCAGCUAAGCAUCAUACGGUCAUUGCUACUCAGGGUGGGGAAGUGUUCACUUGGGGAUCUAAUAGAGAGGGACAGCUUGGGUACCCUUCUGUUGAUACACAACCCACACCUCGUAGAGUAUCUUCUUUGAGGUCAAAAAUUGUUGCUGUUGCUGCAGCUAACAAACACACUGCUGUAGUUUCUGAUUUAGGUGAAGUUUUUACAUGGGGUUGUAACAGGGAGGGUCAGCUUGGUUAUGGCACCUCAAACUCAGCAUCUAAUUACACCCCACAUGUUGUUGAAUCCUUGAAGGGAAAGACUUUGACCAGAGUUUCUGCUGCAAAAUAUCACACAAUUGUAUUAGGAUCUGAUGGAGAGGUAUUUACCUGGGGUCAUCGACUUGUUACUCCAAAACGUGUAGUAGUUAGUAGGAACUUGAAGAAAAGUGGAAGCACUCCUUUAAAAUUUCAUCGCAAGGAACGACUUAACGUGGUUUCUAUAGCUGCUGGAAUGGUACACAGCAUGGCUCUUACAGAUGAUGGUGCAUUAUUUUAUUGGGUCUCCUCGGAUCCUGAUCUUAGAUGCCAACAGUUAUAUGCUAUGUGUGGAAGAAAUAUGGUUAACAUAUCUGCUGGAAAGUACUGGACUGCAGCAGUUACAGCUACAGGUGAUGUUUACAUGUGGGAUGGGAAGAAAGGUAAGGAAAAGCCCCUUGUUGCAACUCGGUUGCAUGGUGUAAAGAAGGCUACAUCAGUUUCGGUUGGUGAAACGCAUUUACUAAUUGUUGCUUCUCUCUAUCAUCCUGUCUUCCCUCCCAACGUGAUUGAGAAUUCUCAGAAACUCAAGUUGAAUAACAUUGAUGAUAUUGAAGAGUUAAAUGAAGACAUUUUAUUUGAGGAUCUGGAUUCCAGUAAGAUGAUAUCUAGCGUACAAAAUGAUACUAUGAGGCAGAGAUCUAUACCCAGCUUAAAAAACCUUUGCGAAAAAGUAGCUGCAGAGUGUUUAGUGGAGCCACGGAAUGCUGCACAACUGCUUGAGAUUGCCGAGUCUCUCGGAGCGGAUGAUUUGAAGAAAUACUGUGAGUAUUCUUCACGAGAGCUAUUUGACGUUGAUGUUAGGUGGUUUCUUCUAGCAUUGCACACACAGUAUAAUUCUAUCAUCAUGUAA